UCUUAACAAAGACAACCAAGAAGCAGGUCAGUCUGGUUCUCAGGUGUUCUAUUACACCCAGGGAAAUAUAGCCCCACCUAGUUAAGUUUCUACAGUGCAUUCCCAAUGAGUGUGACACUGUCGCACUUACAGUACCUGUGUUCUACUGUGUUCACUAGACUAAUUGUACUCUGUGCCACAGCAGUGUUUCAAACCUACCUGAAUAUACUGUAGAGCUAAAAGGUUCUCUACCUAAAGAAACAAACCACAAAGCCAAUACCAUGCUGCCUUCCAGUGGAAUUCUUUUUAUUUUGCUGCCGGUUAGUUUAGGGUGGACCAGAAGCAAUGGUCACAGUAGUACAGUCAGUACAACAAACACUGACAAUAAUUCAACUACAGAUACGACUCCACCUUCACACCAAGGAACUUCACAUCAGCUAGGUCUUACUGGAACUAAUAGAAUAACUCCUGCUAUAAGCCAUGUUGCACCAACAACGGCCAAUAAAAAUGCAACAAAAAGUACAGUAAUAGAGAGUAACACUCAAAGCAACAGUGUAGCUCAAAGAUCCACUAAUGGCACAGGGUUAUUUUUGACUUCAAAUGUGGAUAAGGGUUCAACAAAUACCUCUGCCAAAAAUGUCAACAGAAUCUCACCAUCUUCGACACUAUCCAUAACCAUGAGUGACUUUUCUACAGCGACUGAAAGCAACAUGCCUACAAAUGCUGGUGUAUCCUCGAAAACGGAAGCCAAAAACUUCACUUCAGUCACCUAUAAGACCAGUUCUAUUGCAACUAUCUCCACCAAAGACUUUCUAAAGAGCUCCACAGAAGUCUCAUCUACCAACAGUCCAUCAAAUAGACUGACCACAUUAUCCACACACCAGAGCAGCAGUGUCACAACAGGCUUCAAAACAAUUUCACAGACUACAAACGUACACCAGAAUUUCACCAACCAUUCUAUAGUCCCAUCAAAUCCGAAAGAACACAACAAAGAGAAUCACCACAGUGCAGGAGUAGUGCUUGGUGUGAUUGUAGGAGCCAUUUUAGGAUCUGCAUUAAUUGGUCUGAUUGGGUACUUUAUAUGUGGGAAGAGAAAGUCUGGCUCAUUUUCCCAUCAGCGACUUUAUGAUGACACAAGGAGUGAACCAGUUCUCCGAUUAGAUAAUUCAUCGCAUAAUGUGAGCUUUGGUGAUUUCUCUUACUACAAUCCCAGCACAACAAACGAGCCAGCUGCACAGAACAGCAGAGGAAGACCAUAUGAUGGCAUUCCAAUGGGUGACAUGACUUCAUCUCAACCCCCAGCAUAAUGUCCGAGGGUAACGUCUGCUGGCUUCAGAUUACAAACUCGUUUGUGAUCUAUGUACCUUGUUUUACAUACAUUGCUCCCACAGUAUUUUGCAAGUUUAUUUCCCCUGAAAUAAUCCUAUGGCUAUUAACAUGAAAGGCUUUGGAUAGCAUAUCUGAAAUCACAAGAUAUAUUUACACAUGCUGGUCAUACACUGCUGUGCCAGAGCACCACUGUCCCAGUUGGUAAUUAAACUAAAUUCAAUGCUCAAUCUGCUUCUGUGUUAAAAGACACUAUGCUAUCUUUUUAAAAACAAUAUUAGCAAACUGCACAGAAAGAGGCAAAAUCCUGUUUGUUACACCUAGUCAACUUCCUUUGGCUUCAGUGGAGGUUGCAAACAUGCAAUGGAGCAAAAUAUGACCAGGAUUCUAAGGAAAGUUUAGCACCAAGACAAAAUAACCAUAAUGACUAUCUUGAUGAGAAGCUGCUUUCUUCAAAUGUCAUUUCUAUCAGAUCUGUGGGUCGGGAGAUUUCCUCCCCGCCUUGAUAUUUGCAUCUACCCGAGAGAAAAAACUAUAAGGCACUGGUUUUAAUUACAUUACUUACAGCUUGCAAUUUGCCAGGCCAAACUGAUUUACUGUUUAUCAUGAAGAGAAUUUGCUCACACUGAUACAGUUACAAUUACUACAGAAAGGAGACCACAAGAAUGAAUAGUCCUCCUCCUCUGCACCAGUUGGUCUAUUAUCUGCAUUGCAGGUUAGGAUCUGUAAAAAUGAUGCAGCAUAUUUUGGGAUGGGCUACGUGGAAGGAAGGAAUUCUCUUUGGGUAAAAAAUAUAAAAAGAAUACAGAGAACCACAGACUAGUUUAAAAUCUUUGCUCAUUCAGCAAGUCUAAAAAUCAGGGAGAUAUCCAAAAUAAUAAUAUAAUGUAUCUGUUUAUAGUCACCUAAGAUGCCUGAAGACAUAAGAAGAGCUUUAGGAAGGUAAAAUAUUACUAGUAAGAACAUCAUGAUGCUUAGGGGCCUCAAAGAUUAAGUGUGGGACACAUGUUUAUUGCUAUGGAUCUUAAUGUGUGUUAUUAAGAGUGGGCACUUUAGGCCCAGUCAAUGGAGCUACACCCACAAAUAUCAGCUGAAAACCUGGCCAUGAGUGUGUUAAAUUCACAGACUCCUUCUCUUCCCUUUUGCACUGGCUGCAGCUGGGAGAGUGAGAAACGCCUGUUCAUGUGUAUUAUAUAAAUACAGCGUCUAUGUGGCAUUUAACUUCAUCACAAUGGUAUAGCAUUGGUUUGAAUAGAGGCAGUGCUCUGUGUGGACCAAUGUUAAAGUCUCAGGGUACAAAUAUGCAGCACUUUCACAGGAAGAACUAUCUACCCAUCUAUCUCAGAUAGUUACAGCAUGCUAAUCUUGAUAUAAUCUUGGUAUUGCCACUGACUUCCCAUUGCAAACUUGUUAUCGAAUGAAAUGAAAGAUCACUGGAUCAGACCCCUCAGUUGUAAAAACUGCAUCUGCCUUCUUUCGAACAAAGAAAUGUUACGUAAUGGUAACUCCUGUUUAAGAGUUGCCUCUGAGCAUUUACUCUUUGUUUGAUGCCUCCUGGUGUGGAACAUGAUGUCACAGUGAAUGCAGAGAGACUCUCGAAGAACAGAAUAAAUACAUGAAAUCGCCCUGUAAAUAGUUAACACAAAACCUUCUGACCUGCCUUUAACUCACUUUAAUUAGCCUUUGCCUACAAGCUUUCAAAUCUGUUAAUUUUACAGUGCGCCGCAUUGGAUUACACUGAUUUUGGCCCCAAACCUUCAAUUAACUCUGUGUGAGUGGACCCCUCUGCACACAUGACAUAGAUUGCCGGAUUAAAGGCCUUGUUUUUCCUACAGUCAUUACAUUCUGAACAUAAAUUAGUAGUGGAGUAUUUUUAAUGUCCUACUAGUACAAACAUUGAUUUGAUGAAAAUAGGAAAAAUAUAAAUAAACAUGGAUACUACUUGCUUAACAUUAUAUUAAACUUCAAAUCCCUCUAAAACUAAUAGUCAUCUAUAGAGGGAGAGGUGAAGAGAACACUUAGGAAGGAAAAUGGACUUACCCCAUAUUGCCAUAAAAAUAGCAAAGAAGACAGUCCCUCCAUUAUCAAACAAAUGUGUAACCUAAGCAGAAAGUAAAACACAUAAUGCAAAAUAAAUAAUAAAUAAUAAUAAUAAUACCACUUUACAUUCAUAUAGUAUCCCCCUCCACCCCCCCAAAAAAGGAUCCCAACAUUCUUUACAGGUUUUAGACCCCAAAAUAUAGGCAUCCUUUUAGGAAGCCCUAAUCCCACAUAAAGGUGCACACAUCAGCAUUUAUAUGCUGAUAUGAAUUCCAUUCAUCGCCCACUAUUCCCAUUGCUAGUCCAGGCCUGAAUUAUCUUUCACAGUAAUUCCCACUCUGGCCUCAGUCAUCUUUAAUGUGCUCAAAAUACUGUCUCAAAACUCAGUUACUUUGCCAGCUAUUCUGACCACAUCCCACCAGUCUUCAAAUUUUUCCUUGGUUUCCUCUCACUUGCUGCAUCAGAUUUAAGCUCCUUGUCCUGUCCUUUUAGGGCCUGAACAACUUAAAUAAGGCCUACCUACCCACUUUCAUCUCUUUAUUUCCCUCUCCCCCAAGAAUGUUCCUUGUCUAAUCAUUCCCUUCAUUCUCCUUUCCUUCCUUGCAACUCCAUGCUUCAAUCCCUUGUCUCACUUGGUCCACCAGGCCUCCAUGCUCUCCCUCUAAACCCCUCUUGAAAAUAUCCUUCCCUUCUAAAGAGUCUAUAAAUCCUAAUCACUCUCAAAAUGAAGAAUAAAACCAUCCAGAUAUUAACAAAAAUUAACAUCAAAAUGAAGUAAUUAUAGCACUAAGGUAUGCAUCACAUUCCACCUCUCAAUCACUUUUGCUGUUUGUUGCACCCUAUUGCCCAUUUUCUACUUACAGUGUAAACUCUUUGGGAUAGAUUUGUUUUAUCUGCAAAGUUCAGAUAAAGUUCAUGGUGGGUGAUAGAUAAAUUGUAAUUGAAAACUAUUACAUGACUGACUAUGUGUCAGUUUGAGUGCCCUAAUGGGGUUUGUUGUCCCAAUUUUGAAAAUGGUGUCCUCUAUGUAUUGUUCAGGGUUCAUUUUAUCCAUCAUAGAAAUAUAGGCAUUUCCAUGGUAGAAAUCCAGCAGUCACUGUGUGUGAGCCACAGUAGGUGAGGAGGCUGAGGUGAAGAAUAAUUUCUCCUACUGAAAGGGGAUUUUAGGUAGGCAAUUGCCAGUGAUUAAAUUUGGUCAGGGAUAAUGGGCUGAAACAUAUUCUAGUGAAAAAAUGCUAUAAAAUGUUUGGUGAGCAUCAGUGACCAGAACCUCAGUUUCAAGUGUCAUUUGAAAGAUGACAUACAUCAUUACAUUAUAUUGGAGUAAUGAUGUAUAACCCUUGAGACCAUCACCUCACAAGCACAGCAUUCCUGGUGGCCAUCAGGAAUGCUGUGCUUGUGAGGUGAUGGUCUCAAGGGUUAUGGGAUAUUGAAGGGAUUGACAGUCUGCUGAAGGGAGUUUAUGUAACACCUUCUAGCAAAACUAUUAUACAUCAUAGCUGCCUUGUCUUGUCAUUGGGGUUGUCCUCUGUAGCAGACUCCCGUCCUGUAAACCAGACAAACCUACAUGUUUUCAAAUGAAAACGUUCACCAUUAUUGCAUCUGCUUUUAGAAAAUAAACACUGAGCAGGUGACAGAGGAUAUUCUGUAAGAGGGAAGAUAAUUAAAUAUUAGAAAAACUCUCUUGAAAUCCUCAUCAUUUAUAAAUCCAGAAGAAAAAGUUAACAGUAUAAACAGUGUAUUGCUUGCUAAUCUGUUUUAUUUUCUCUUAAAUGCAAACACUUCUAAAAUUGAGUAGAGUUAUUAAACACACAAGUUUUAGUAGUAUACAGGGCUCUGUUUAUUUUACUGUGCUGAAGAAAAUCGAGAAGUUUUUACUUAAUACCAAAGAUCAUCAAGUCCAAUAUGUUCUUUGUGUGAAUUAUAUAAUUGUGUGAAACUUGUAUGCAAAUGCGCCUUUGGCUUUGGUUUUCUUUUAUUAUAAUAAAAAGAACAUACAAGCAAAGUA